CCUGCGGUGCCUGCCAUGUUGUUGUGCCUGCCAUGUUCCCGUGUCCCUGUGCCCGUCGUGUCCCUGUGCCAUGUCCCCGUGCCGCGUCCCUGUGCCGUGCCACGUCCUGGUGCCACGCUGCAGCCUUGCAUCCUCGCGCCAUCUCACAUCCCUGUGCCACGCUGUGUCCUCGUGCCCAUCGCGCCCCGGUGUCCCUGUGUCACACCACAGCCCUGUGCCACGCUCUUCCCACGCCCCUCGUGUCCCUGUGCCGUGCCACGUCCUCGUGCCACGCUGCAGCCUCGCACCUAUUGCACCACCCUGCGUCCCCGUGCCCCGUGGCCUGUCCUCGUGUCCCCCGCAUCCUCGUGUCCCCCGCAUCCUCGUGUCCACCGCAUCCUCGUGCCCGUGGCGAGCGGGGCAGGACAGGACGGGUCCCGUGGUGCCACAGCCACGUCCGUGCCACGUCGCAUCCCUCCCGCCGCCCCCACCGGGCUCGGUGCGGUGCCGUUGCCUGGUGACAGCUCGUGGCCGCCCACGCAGGGAGCUGCCGGCGGCACUGCCGCAGGGCUGGGGGCGGCCGUGCCCCCCCCCCCCGGGGCCGGGGGGCUGGGGGUGCCGGGGGUGUCCGGGCACCGCCUCACCCCGCUCCUCCCCGCAGAGGCCUUGGUGAACAGCCAGGAAUGGACCCUCGGCCGCUCCGUCCCCGAGAUCCGCCUGGGCGUCCUGGGCAGCAGCAAGAGCGGGAAGUCAGCGCUCGUCCACCGCUUCCUCACCGGCUCCUACGUGGGGCUGGAGCCCACGGAGAGUGGGCAGUUCAAGCGCGAGGUGCUGGUUGAUGGCCAGAGCCACCUCCUGCUCAUCCGGGAGGAAGGAGGCGCCCCGGACGCCAAGUUUGCCAGCUGGGCGGACGCCGUCAUCUUCGUCUUCAGCCUGGAGAACGAGAGCAGCUUCGAGGAGGUGACGCAGCUGCACGCGCUGCUCAGCGGCUACCGGGGCGCCAGCGAGGUGGCCCUGGCGCUGGUGGGCACCCAGGACAAGAUCAGCUCCUCCAACCCCCGGGUGAUCGAGGACGCCCGGGCGCAGGCGCUGUGCGGGGACAUGAAGCGCUGCCUCUACUACGAGACCUGCGCCACCUACGGCCUCAACGUGGACCGGGUCUUCACCGAGGUGGCCCAGAAGGCGGUGGCGCUGAAGAAGCAGCAGCAGCUCCUGGCCUCCUGCAAGUCGCUGCCCAGCAGCCCCAGCCACUCGGCCGCGUCCACCCCCGUCGGGGGCGCCCACCCUGGCCAGGCCAGCAACGGGGGCCACACCAGCGACUACUCGUCCUCGCUGCCGUCCACCCCCAACGUCAGCCACCGGGAGCUGCGGAGCGAGCCCCCGGCCCCCCUGGGCACCCCCAGCUCCCUGCACCGCGGGGCCAAGCGCCGCACCAGCCUCUUCGCUACGCGCCGGGGCAGCGACUCGGAGAAGCGGAGCCUGGACAGCCGGGGCGAGGCGGCGGGCAGCGGCCGUGCCAUCCCCAUCAAGCAGAGCUUCCUGCUGAAGCGCAGCGGCAACUCCCUCAACAAGGAGUGGAAGAAGAAGUACGUGACCCUGUCCAGCAACGGGCUCCUCUUCUACCACCCCAGCAUCAACGAUUACAUCCACAGCACGCACGGGAAGGAGAUGGACCUGCUGCGCACCACCGUCAAGGUCCCCGGCAAGCGCCCGCCCCGCGCCAUCUCCGCCUGCGGCCCCUCGGCCAGCAUCAACGGGCUGGUGAAGGACGUGGCGGGGGGCACGGCACCCGAGGGUGGUGCCGGCGCCUCCCCCGUGGGGCUCAGCCUCCCCCCGGAGCCGGGGACCAAGGGCACGGGCAAGGGCGAGCGGUCCCUGCAGCGCUGCGCCUCCGCCUCCAGCGCCAAGCUGUCGGGCUCCGACGGCCCCCCCGCCUCCGAGGCCAUAUCCAGCCCCGGCAGCUCGGGCAAGGACCCGCCGCCGUCGCCCAUGGUGGACAGGAAGAAGCACCGCCGGAAGAAGCUGACGACGCCGUCCAAGACGGAGGGCUCGGCGGGGCAGGCGGAAGCCAAGCGCAAAAUGUGGAAAUUAAAAAGCUUUGGUAGUUUAAGAAAUAUUUAUAAAACAGAGGAGGAGAACUUCGAGUUCAUCAUCGUGUCCAGCACGGGGCAGACGUGGCACUUUGAGGCGAGCAGCUUCGAGGAGCGCGACGCCUGGGUGCAGGCCAUCGAGAGCCAGAUCCUGGCCAGCCUGCAGUGCUGCGAGAGCAGCAAGAACAAGGCGCGCAUGGACAGCCAGAGCGAGGCCGUGGCCAUCCAGGCCAUCCGCAACGCCCGUGGCAAUUCCCUCUGCGUGGACUGUGGGGCGCCCAGUGA